UUUUAUUUUUGGGACUCUGCAAUCGCUCAUCUCUCGCGCCGCCCCCGUUUUACAUCGGUUAUCUUUUUGUCAAAUAAUUGUCAAGCAAAGUACUCAUUGAAAUAUUGAAUAACUCUGUAUCUGUAGCUGCAACCACUUUAUUCAAUAAUUGUACAGCAACAGAAACAGAUUUCUCAGCAGUUCAAAGAAACACAAUGGAAACAGAGUCCUCUGCCAUUAACGAAGCUUACAAGCACCUAAAAGCUGUUCCUAAUCCAGACGGUUCACUCACCCGAUCUGAAAUUUUCCCCAGCGUUCCUCCCACACUCCAACUCCAAGCUAACUCACCCUCUGAAACCCAACUCGCUCUCUCCAAAGACAUUCAUCUUCACAACUCAAACAUAACAUUUCUCCGCCUCUUCCGGCCUGCCAACCACGCUGCCAAGCUUCCGGUCAUCAUUGAUUUUCAUGGGAGUGGCUUUGUUGUUUGUAGCGCGGCAUCAGCUCCCUUUCAUGAAAUGUGGACCUACGGUUCUGCUUUUGUCCCUGCUUUGAUCAUAAGCGUUGAAUAUCGUCUAGCGCCAGAGCAUCGUCUUCCAGCUGCGUAUGAUGAUGCAAUGGAGGCCGUUAUGUGGGUACGUGAUCAAGCUAGAGAAGUUAAUGGCCGUGAUCCGUGGAUGGAAGAGUUAGCUGAUUAUUCCAACGUUUAUAUUAUGGGUGCCAGUGCUGGUGGUAAUAUUGCUUACCAUGCAAAUUUAAGUGCUCUGGACGCGGAUAUCAGUCCAGUCCAGAUCAAAGGGAUAAUACUGAAUCAGCCCUUUUUCGGAGGGGUUCAACGAACCCAGUCUGAAGAAAGGUUAAGCACUAAUCCAUCUUUACCACUGAAUGUCAGUGAUCUGAUGUGGCAGCUGGCAUUACCACUUGGAUCUGAUCGCGACCACGAGUAUUCUAACCCAUUAAUUAAAUGUAAUCCGAAGAUCAAACAGUUAACAAGGUGUUUGAUAAGAGGUUUUGAAGGGGAUCCGCUAGUGGAUAGAAUAAAGGGGUUGGUGAAGAUGUUAGAGGCCAGUGGGGUGCACGUGGUGGCCAAGAUCCAAGACGGAGGUUUUCAUGGUGCAGAUGUAUUUGAUGAAAGCAAGAUGAAGGAAUUGUUUUCACAGAUCAAGGAUUUCAUCUACGCUUAAACAAAGGAAGUUUAAUAUGUUAUGUUAUUGAUAUUUUACUUGCUGGAAAGUAGCCCAUUAAUAAAAAGCUUAGAACAUUGUCAGACAAUGCAAAUAGGAUGUUAACAAUACCUCUAUCUUCCCAAAUCUUCUUUAACAUUGCAGCCAUGCGUAUAAAUUGCCAAAGAUGUUGUAUAAGUAUGUAAAAUUUCGAGCACUGUUAAACUGUAUUUUUUUGAAGCACAGAGAUACAGAACAUGCAUAUAAGAGAGGCAGAUUACACCUGCAAUAUAUAUGAAAUCCUGGCUGAUCAGUGUUGCACGGUCA